AAUUUUGGGGGGAAAUCAUCUACAAGAAGUAAGAUGGUGAAUGUUUGGAUCAUCCUUGUAGCUGCAAGUUUUGCAGUUACAGUCUCUGCAGUUACCACAUAUCAGAAACGCAUAAGCCACGGUGAAUAUUUGACUCUGGAUCUUCCUGAACGGACAGCUAGGUUGGAGUUUGUUUCUGCCGAUGAGCAACAUCAAGAAACUAUCUGGCAAAGUGGAACUUUUUCCACCGGUAGAGCCUCGAGAGGUGUCGUAAACAAAGCCGGUAACGGCUAUACCUUUCAAAUCUAUCGUACUACGUUUGACGACCAGGGGACAUACACCCUUCGCAAUUCCUUUACUGGUAUUACUAACGCAAUCUCCAUCUAUGUAGUGAGAGUCGAAACCAAAAGAAGAUUCUCUGAAUGUGUCGCAGGUGAAACCCUCACCAUACCUUUCGAUGGAAUCAAGGUGGUUGAUGGCACUCUUAAAUUUAUCAGCAAUUAUACAGCUAUCACCCUGGUGGAUCGUGGAUCCCCUGUGGGUAAAGAAAACGCGGAGUAUGUCAGUCGGCUGAGAGUGUCCAGUGAUUAUAUUCAGGUGCUUAAUGUCAAUGUGUCAGAUCAGGGCAGAUACGAACUCAGAGAUCAAAAAGGUCGACUUGUGGCAAACACUACAAUGCUAUUAGUGGAUAGACAUAAUUUUACCCCAAAUAAAGGUCUUUUAGCUCUGCUUCUUCUCGGGAUUCCUGGCGGCAUCUGCUUCUGCUGCAGGAAGAGAAUCUGCAAAUGUUGUAAGGAGGAUAAAUCAGAGACGGCGAGUCCCCCGGCUGAGUCUAUACCAAUCUGCCAUCCAGUGACUGAUCCAGCACAGGGUGGCGUGGCUGGUAAUCCCACUAAUCCAGGCCAAGGUCCGAAUUAUUAUCCUCCUCCAAACCAAGGUCCGAAUCAAUAUCCUCCUCCAAACCAGGGUCCGAAUCAAUAUCCUCCUCCAAACCAAGGUCAGAAUCAGUAUCCUGGUCAGCCACAAUGGAACGGACAGCCUGCUGUUCCUCCUAACCCUGGCUUCAAUGCUGAGUAUCCACCACAGAACCCUCUUUAUCCUCCUGUACCUGGAGUUAACCCAGCUCAGCCGCCCCAGUGGAGUGGUCCUCCCAACCAGUACAACGCACCCGCACCUAUGAAUUACAGUGCUCCACCUGGGCCUGAACCCCCAAUGUACCAAAUGGGUGCCACGUCCCCAAUGCUAAACUCUCAACCUGAGUCUGCUGGACUCAGAGCUAACAUGGAUAUCCUGAACUCCUCUGGCUCCACUGAUGUCCAGUUCAGCAUUGACAAAACAAAGUCUCCUACCAACAAUUUCCUGUAGUUCCCUUGACUACUUGCAUUGUCCGUGUAAAAGCCUGACGUGAAAAGGAAACAAAUCUUCCAGCUGUGGACAAGAUUCAUGCAAAACCCAAGCCUUUAAUCAAUUUAGACUACUGUUUUAUUUAACAUUAGUGCAGAUGCACCGAUAUAAUCGGUAAUGGUCGAUGAGCAAAUUUUUUUACACUAUCAGCAGAUAUUUAAAAACAGCUGAUAGUCAUGGCCGAAAUAUCCUGUUAAAGGUGCAGUGUGUAAAUUUUAGUGGCAUUCAGUGGUGAGGUAGCGCAUUGCAACCAAUCGCCCCUCGCUUUUGAAACGCAUAGAGAAGCUACGGUAGCCGCCACCGGAAAAACAUGUAAUUGACGGAGACAACUUAGUAAAAAAAGUUUGUCCGUUAAGGGCUUCUGUAGAAACAUGGCGGCACAAAAUGGCGACUUCCACGUACAAAUGUAGAUAAAAACGUCUCAUUCUAAGGUAAUAAAAACAUAACGGUUCAUUAUAAAAACUCUUUAUACACCCCUGAUAAUAGAGUUUUGUAUAUUAUUUUGCAUUUCUGUCAAGAGGUCCUUCUAAAAAUUACACACUGCAGCUUUAAUCAAAAGAGAACAAGAAAAUGAAAUGAAAAUGUAAAAAAAAUCACUAGUCUAGUUUAAUGUUCAAUAUUAUAUUAUUCAAUAUUAUAUGAAUGAAUAACGUUAAGAAAAUGUAAUCUUUAGUAUUUAGUUAGAAUGCAAGUUCAUAUAACCACCAAUCAUUCGGUAUCAACAGAUAUUAGUCUGAAUAAUCAGUGGAAAUUUUUUAUAUCGGUGCAUCUUUAAACAUUAGUUAUGCAGAUUACUAAAAAUAGGUCAGUAUUGGUUAUCACUGUAAAGAGCAAUGUUAAGCGAUUGUGUCAUAGCUAAAAAAUACUACCUCGGCAAUAAUGAAAAAGGUCUUUGCCAUAGGGAUUCAUCAACACUGUGACUACAGGGCUCAUUAUACUUCUGCGUAGGGCUUACCCGUAGCCGCGGCGUCAUACGCGUUGGUUUUCAUUCAUACUUCUGCGUCAUCGUUCGUGUCAACGUAGGCAGUAUCCACGCGUGUAACCCACAAUAGCAGAACAACAGCCGAAGAAGUAACUUCCCCAGUAAACCCAAAAAUGAAGACGCUUGUGUAUGUUAUUUGAGAAGACCAGCAGUUCAUGAGGAAAAUAAUAUUGUUGCGGUCACAUCUCAACUUGGCCCAUCUUUGGUUUUACUGUCGUAAGCGAAAUUCCGGUUGAGGAAAUGCGAUGCAGAUCUUUUUGACCUGAUGUGGUCCGGCCAGCAUUGAUGUGCCGUUACAUUUAGGGAGAGGUGCACGUCAGGCUACGCCGAGGCUACUGUGUAGGGUUCGGGUCUCUGCAUAGGCUACAAUCGACGCAGAAGUAUAAAGCCCGAUUUAGACCUGCAAAAUGUUUUUGCUGUAGGCAAGAUACCAAUUUAGAGGACCGAUAGCUUUUCUAUCUAAAGAAUUAAUGGGCCUUAAAUGAUGACUAACGGUGCAUUCACACAGGGCGUAAGCGUGAAUGCUUCACAUUCACUUUUAAUGGGUGACGUUAUGCGUUGCCAAACUUAAUUGUGGAUCCGUCGGCGCCGCGUCAGUGCCAUUGUUCGCCGCAGAAGUCUUCCGUUAAGCGUUAACGCUUACGCCCCGUGUGAAUGUACCGUUAGGGCUCUUUAUAACAAUCACAUACUCUUUCUCAGGAUUUUUCUAGUUUAAAAGCAAGAUGUUUGUUUACUUAACACUUUUGCAUAAACCAAGGGUGCCCAAGCUUUUGGGUUUUGGAGGGUUGGUGUCCUGCAGAGUUUAUCUCAAUUCUUAACUAUUCUUAACAACGGAAGUAUAGCAAGAAUCAGCAGUGAAGCAACACAGACAGAAAAAGUUAUUUUAAAAAGUUGACUUAUCAACUUUUUCAACACAGCUAUCAGAUACGUGUACUAUAGUCGAUAGAAGACGUUAGCAGAUGGCCAAAUAUAAAGUUGCCAGAUAUAUAUAUAAGUAUCUUAGUAUAUUAUAUUAGUGCAACCAAACGCAACUACCAGACAUUUUCAUGCUGAGAAACCAACUUUCUGAUUUGCUUACAUGUUAGAACCACUGGGGAACAACACCACAUCCGUUGCCAAAAUGCAUUCGCAGGCUAUUUAAAUCACGUAAGGGUGUAAAAGGGUAUAAGCAUGCUAAAAAACUGUGUGCUGAGGCAAAUUGAUGCUAAACUUUGCAGGACACCUGCCGUCCGGGACCAAGUUUGGGCACCCCUGGCAUAGACAGACUGUUUCCUUUCUCAAACGUUUUAGAUUCUGCUACCACCAUGCAACAGCUUUCAAAGAUGUCAAAUGUCAUUCUUAUCCUACCUCUCUCUGUUACUAUCUGCUUUUGCGGUCAUAAUAGUUAAGAAAUGACAUGGUUGCGUGAGAGUUGCCUACCAUGUGGUUAAAGGUGGGAGCCAGCUUCGUGCCGCCGUUCAGGAAGUCUGACAAAAUCUGUAGCUUAUAUACAGUUUAUACAUAACCGAGGUUACAGUUACUGCAUGUAAUGUUAUAUAUUAGAUGUUUAAGAAAAACGAAAAUAAAAACGUUAUGCCAUUAUAGUUGAAUUUGCUUGAGGCACUUUUACAGUGCUGCUGUACCUUCUAUUGUAGUGAAAACAGCAUAACCUUUAUACUUGAAUCCAAAUGUUAAAUAAUCUGUUAACAAGUAAUAACAUGUUUGUACAUAGUUUGUGUAUAACCUGCAUAUUGAUGCCUUACUAACACCAAAUAUUAACUGGCCUACCCUUGAGCUUAUGUAACCUAUUAGCUGUAACACUGCCCAAACAGCCAACGCUUACAUUUUUUAUAUCGUUCAUGUAUAUAUUAAAUGUUUAGGUUUUUUUUAUUUUUCCGGUGGUGGCUAGUGGGAGGUGCUGUUAUUAUUUUCCUUCUGAUAUGUUCGACUAUGGCAGUGGUUCUCAAUCUGGAGAGCGGGAGCAAUUUUACAAAAUACAUGAAUUUAUUAUAAAUUCUGUCUCAUUAAACGUCAGACAAAUAAAGCUAGCAGUACAUUGUAUCAUUCAAUGUUUUGUUUAAUUCAAGAUCUAAAUUUAAGAUUGUUUUGUCAUAAAUUUUCCUUUGGGGGAACGCCAAAAGAUUCACCCUACACAGAGGGGGCGCACACCAAAAAGUUUGAGAACUACUGGCUUAUGGAAUGUACUAACCAUUCGCAGUUCAUUUUGGUACACUUAAGACUGUAAUAGGAAGAAUGACAAUAAAAAAGUAUGUUAGACUGA